UGUUCAUCAAGCACUGUAUUUAGGAGCACUUGUGGCUCAAAUGUCUAUGCUGCUUACAUGUGAAGUUCUAUUCAUUUCUGAAGAUUCUCAUGAUUCUGUAUGCUCAUAUGUUGAUGCCAGUAAAAAUGGGGCAAUAGUAGGAACUUUUAGCAAGGAAAACGAAAUGAACCGUUGCUUGUUUCCCACCAUUGCUGUCCACAGCCAAAAUGAGGAGGUUCAUGUCAACUUUGGGCAAAAGAAGUUUUCUUUUGAUCUGAAGGAAUAUGAAGCUCAAGAAAGGUUGAAGCAGCAGAUGACAAUUGAAAAUAUGCCUCUACCUCCAAAUAUUAGUUAUGGUUACCUAUUGGAUGAUUUGAUGUUUAUGGUUAAAGAAUGUAAUAAGGCAUUGAAGAAGUCUGAAAGGGUUUUGAAGCACCAGAAGCGGUAUGAGUAG